CGCACGUGAUCUAAACAGAAACAUGGCGGCAGCAGCGGCUGUCCGGUCGAGCGUGGGUCUGACUUUGAGGCUUUCGAGAGCUUUACCGGACUGCAGCUCGUGUCCGUUCUACAGACUGAACGGCUGUGUGAGCGGCGUGGGCAGCUUACAGAGGCGGGGCUCCUUCGAUAGCUUUCGGACCCUAAAUCGACACUUGCAGACAAGUAAAGGUAUUUACCACAGUGAGGAGGGCAGCUCCAAUGCAGAAGAGCCCGACGACGUGGUGAACGUGGUGUAUAUAGAUCGGUCGGGCCAGAGGAUCCCGGUUAAGGCCAAAGUGGGAGAUAAUGUCAUGUAUCUGGCUCAGAGGCAUGGAAUUGAAUUGGAAGGUGCCUGCGAGGCAUCGCUGGCCUGCUCAACGUGCCACGUCUAUGUGACUUCUUCCCAUUUUGACAAACUGGAAGAGCCUGAUGAGAGGGAGGAUGACAUGCUGGAUAUGGCUCCCCUGCUUCAGGAGAACUCCCGGCUAGGAUGCCAGAUCAUUCUCACCCCGGAGCUGGAGGGCAUGGAGCUCACCUUGCCCAAAGUCACCAGGAACUUCUACGUGGACGGUCAUGUGCCCAAACCUCACUGAGAAGAGCGGGUGUGGAGAGUUUGGGGGGAAAACGGGGAGGAGGGGGUGGGCAUAAACUUGGUGCCCUGCUGGGGUGUGGUGGGUACCGCCGAGAGAUGCUCGGCUGCAGUAGUCAAGUCCACGGCUGCUCCCAGGCAACAUUUCCCCACUGACAAUCUCCACAGUUAACCAGUGACAGGACAGGCCUGCAGAUGACAUCAGGCAGAGUCAGACACUAUUUGAGUCUCACUGAAGGUGAAAUGAAUGGUUAGCACCCAAAACAUUAAACUGAUGGUUUACAGACCAUGUAUUUAUUUAUGUGGAGUGUUCUCAAGCCAGCGACAAGGCGACAUUAAAUCUCAAACUGUCCUUUGCUCAAAACACACUAGAUAUUUCACGUUUGUGUCAGUCGCAGAGCAAGUUUCAACAAAGUUCAUCCUGGUGCCGUUCAACGGAACAUUCCUCGUUACAGCUCGUAUACGCACAAGUAUUACAAGAUGAUGUUCUUAGUCAUUUCUGAAACGCUUGAUUCAUUUGUUGGAUAUUGUAUGCAUUUACUUCCAUUUUUGCCUACGAGUUUACGUUUUCUGGCUGAUCGAUAUGUUCCCAUUGAGUUACCCCCCCCCGAGUCAUUCACCUCAAACUCGUUUUCUUCUGCAUGAUACGGAGGCCACACACAGAAGAAGAAGCAAUUCUUCAUAAUGAAGUGCAUUUAAAAAAACAAGCGUUGCUUGAAGCUGAAGAGUCAGUCAGAAUUUAGACUGGUGAAACUUACAUUUAUGAACACUGCAAAACAUUUAGGCAAAGUGGGUUUCAGGUGGCCGUAAGAACACUUAUUUUUAAGCACUUAUUCUCGGAUCCAAUCGCAGGUUUUGUGAGCUGGUAAUCUCAGUGGUACCUUGAAAUGACUUCUACCCUUUACUUGUUGAAGUCUACUGUACAUGCUCUUACGCAAAAAUGUAAGUCAACCGUGUACAGCACGUUUAGAGAUGACAAAGUUGUGCAAUAAAAUGCUUUUAA